AUGUCAUUGGCUCCGCUAGUGCCCAAAACAUCGGUGACACUCACGGUUGAUGAUCUCAUUGAGCCGCUGAGAAGACGUUCGAUCCCAAAAGAAGAAAGCCCAAGGAGUGGCUUGAAACCACAAGACACCUUGGGGCUCGAUGAAAGAAGAGAGUCAUCAUGCAGCAUUAUUGAGAGGCGUAUUGAGGAGCAGAGAAAGUACAGCUCUUAUGGUAUUGAGGCGCCAAUUGCCAUCGAUAUUCCGGAGGAAGGCGCCUCCUCUUCGCGCAAGGCUUCAACAAGCCCGAUCAAAAGCGAAACAUCUCGACAUUCUUCGAUUAGCUGGACUUACUCUUUCAGAAUGAAAUUCUCCAACAUGCGGCUCAGCAAUAGUCCAGCGAGUUUGUCGGCCAGUCGCCGAUCCAACAAUAUGCCGAGAUCAUCUGAGUCAUCGCCGUCGCUUUCAUCGACGACUACGGUCGUGGCCGGCCCACCGCAACGGCAAGCCAAAAAAUUUAAUUAUGGAUUUGCCGUGCCUAGAGCGUCGCACAUCACUUGCUGCAGUAAUAAGGGUCCAUGGUAA